AUGAUGAUGAGCGGAGAUAAUUCAAAAAAACAUGAAAUAGAAAUACAAAGUAUAUCAAAAAAUGAAAUGAGAUUUAUAUUAUAUAACAGUAAUACAGCAUUAGCAAAUGCCCUUAGAAGAAUAAUGCUAUCAGAAGUCCCAACAUUAGCAGUUGAUAUAGUUAAUGUAUAUGAAAACACAAGUCCAUUUCAUGAUGAAUUUAUAGCACAUAGAAUAGGUUUAAUACCUAUAGAUAGUAGAAACAUAAAAAGUUAUGAGUUUAGAGAACGAUGUAAAUGUAAAGAAACUUGUUCUCGAUGUACUGUUCAAUAUAUUAUUGAAGUAAAAUGUAAUAAUGCUAAUAAAAUAGAUGUAUCACAUUAUGAUAUAGAAGCACUAGAUCAUGAACCUAAUAUUCCUAUGCCUAUACCCAAUGAUAAUAAACAUAAUAAUAUUGAUAAAAUGGACACUGCUAUACCUAUUGUCACAUUAUCUAAAAAUCAAACUCUACAUAUGAAAUUAACAGCCACAAAAGGAAUUGGGAAAAUGCACGCAAAAUGGAUACCAGCUAAUGUAUCCUAUAUAAUUGAUCAUAAAAUUGUAAUUAAUCAUCAGGAAGUUGAUAAAAUGCCAAAAGAACAUAAAUUAAUAAUAUCUAAUAAUUUAAAUCCUGAUUGUUAUAUAUUAAAAGAAAUGGAUGAUGAUCGAGAUGUUGAAUUACAAUUAAGUGAAAAUAUGUCAGUUGUGAUGGCAGAAAGUUGUAGAGAUACAUUAACCGAAUUAGGAUAUAAUAAAGAUAUUGUUAAAAUUAUUUAUGAUGAAACUAGAUUUCAUUUUAAAGUUGAAUCAGUUGGUUCAAUGCCUCCUGAACAGAUUGUUGAAAUGGCUAUAGAAAUUUUAGAAAGUAAGUUAAAAGACUUAGAACCACAAAUUAAAGCCUCAUUUUAUUCUAUUGAGGAGGUUGCAAAGCAACUAAAGGAACAGGGAGUAUCCCUAUAUGGAAUUCAAUUGGAUUUGGAAUAA